ACUCCCGCCAUAAAUGUAUGAUUCUUCAACCACCAAUUUUCAAAACAAGCGCAUUCAACUAUUCAACCAUGACAUGAAUUUCCACACUCUCCAAAACCUCUUGAAACAAUCAAAAACCCUAAUCCAGCUUCACCAAAUCCAUUCUUUACUCAUCAAAACCGCCCUUCAUUUCGACGAAUUCAUCCUAUCAAAUUUCAUUCUCACUUCUUCCCCAAUUUCUGUCGAAUACGCCACCCUUUUCUUUCACAACUCACCAGUAACCCCGUCUUUAUUCGCUUGGAACACCCUCAUCAAACAAUACUCUAAAAGUCAAACACCAUUUGAAUCAGUCAGACUUUAUUGCCAGCUUCAAACAAGUACUGACCUUAAAGCUGAUAAAUUUACAUACCCUUUUGUUAUUAAGGCGUGUGGACGAUGCGCCUUGUUGGCAGCUGGUGGGUCGGUCCAUUCGUUGGUUUUGAAGACGGGUUUUGAUUCUAAUUCGGUUGUGAAUAAUACCCUUGUAAGGAUGUAUGCAGGUUGUGGAAAUGUUGGUCUUGCCGGUCAAGUGUUUGAUGAAAUGUCUGAUAGAGAUGUUGUUUCUUGGAGUUCUAUGAUUGCUGCCUGUCUUACUUGCAACUAUCCGUCGAAGGCGUUAUCGGUGUUCCUGGAUAUGAAACAAGCAAAAGUGAAGCCGAAUUCUGUAACUUUGGUUAGCUUGCUUUCUGUUUGUACUCGUUUGAUCAAUAUCAGAAUGGGCGAAUCAAUUCAUUUGUAUAUACUUACAAACAAUAUUGAAUUGGAUGUUUCUCUAGCUACCGCACUAGUUGAGAUGUAUGCAAUAUGUGGGUACAUAGAGAAAGCUAUGGUGAUCUUUAAUUCAAUGGAUGAAAGAAAUUUGCAGUCUUGGACUAUCAUGAUAUCCGGGCUUGCCGAAAAUGGGCAUGGUGAAGAAGCAAUUUCCUUAUUUAACGAUAUGGUAGAUCUUGGUUUGAUACCAGAUACCAUUUCGUUUUCUGGGCUUCUUUCUGCUUGUAGUCAUUUGGGUCUGGUCGAAAAGGGUCAAAAGUAUUUUGAUCAAAUGGUCAAGUUUUACAAGAUCCAGCCGACCAUGGAACAUUAUGGAUGCAUGGUGGACAUGUAUGGACGAGCUGGGAUGAUUGAGGAAGCAUAUGAUGUUAUAAGAAACAUGCCAAUGGAACCAAACUCUGUUAUGUUAAGGAGCUUUAUUAGUGCAUAUAAGAACCAUGGGAAUAGGAUUAGUUUUGAUGACAAUCUGGUGAAGCUUCUGUUAAAGAUCGAGCCAGACCUUGGAGCUAACUAUGUCCUAUCUGCUAACAUGUCUUCUCUUUCUGGUUAUUGGAAUGAGGUGGAUGACAUGAGAGUUUCCAUGAAAGGUAAAGGGCUGAAGAAAGUUCCAGGGUGCAGUUGGGUGGAAAUGAAAUGAGUCAUAAGUGUAGAUAACAGUAUCAAAUCUAUGGUGUCUAUACUCAACACAAAUGGGCUAACCAAAUUCACUACACCUCUGAGCAUAUAGAAUUAUAGAUCCACCCGAUCAUUGAACACUCAAAUGGAUCUCAGUUUCCUUUUGGGCAUAAGCUCAUGAGAACCUUAAAAAACACUUCUUUUUUUAGAAAUCUGCCCGAGAAUUUUGAGUGCAUGUAACUUAUCAUGGAAGAUUAAGUCAGUUUUAUUUAUUGAUUUUCAUACUUAGUACCUGUUAACAUGAGAGCCCAGAAUGAAUCCGAGGAGAAAGCAUUUUGAUCCUAUGAGAAUUUACUUUGUGGGAACCUGUAUUCUGAAAAUAUGAUAACAAGAACCAGUGUAGUGCAUACUGCACCAAGAGUUUUAAAUUUAUAAAAAUAUUUCUGUUUCUAAGAACAUUGUAGAGAUAUUAUCUUGUUAUAUAUCAGCUCAUAUGA